AUGGCCAGCCUGCCCGCACACCUCGCCAACGCGCCCUCCGACCUUCCUCCGAACGCCUGCCCGCUCCCGCGCACCGGCCAACUCGCUGGCUUGCUCACGAGCAUCCGCGACAAGAACACCAACCGGGGCGACUUUAUCUUCUACUCGGACAGGAUCAUUCGGCUGCUCGUCGAGGAGGGCUUGAACCACCUUCCUGUUGUCGAGAAGACCGUGACGACUCCGACAGGUCUCGAAUACAAGGGCGUCGGCUUUGAGGGCAAGAUCUGCGGCGUAUCGAUCAUGCGGGCGGGAGAGUCGAUGGAAGCCGGUUUGCGGGAAUGCUGCCGCGCCGUCCGGAUAGGCAAGAUCCUGAUCCAGCGAGACGAGGAGACGGCGCAGGCCAAGCUCUUCUACGCCAAGCUCCCCGACGACAUCGCCAACCGGUACUGCCUGCUUCUCGACCCUAUGCUAGCUACCGGCGGCUCAGCCAUCAAAGCCAUCGAAGUCCUGAUCGACCACGGCGUCCCGCAAGAACGUAUCAUCUUCCUCAACCUCGUGUCGUGCCCCGAAGGCCUGCAAGCGAUGUACGACGUCUACCCGCAGGUCAAGAUCGUCACGGCUUGGGUGGACGAGAAGCUAAAUGAGCAGAAGUACAUCGUUCCCGGCUUGGGAGACUUUGGCGACCGCUACUUCACCUCCAACUAA